AUGGUCGAAGACAAUGUCAGGGGGUUUAAGUUGGGGAUUUCAUUUGAUAUAAUUAUAAAAUAAUAUUUAGCAUACUUGUAUUAACUAAUUAUUAUUAAAUAAUUUCUUAAAAAGUAAAUUCUUGAAUUUUAGAUAAGAUAAUUGCCUGGGUGAAAAUUAACGCAAGAGCUCGCAGACUAAUGCUGCAGAAUCUCUGAGAUUUCUGACAGUAACUCAUGGGAACUGAAAUUAUGUGAAUGAUCAAGCCCACAGUUUGGCACUAUGGACACAGACAUUACUACUUGCUGUCUACGAACUGUAUUUCCAGGGGUAUUAGCUAGCCUAAAACUCUUUUAUAGAAAACAUCGGGCCGAACUCAAAGCAAUCUCCCCUCCAUAAACCUUGUCAUCAUAUCCUGAGGGUGAUACUAACAAUAGCUUGUUCCAGGCAUGAUAAAUCUGAGAACAGCAUGAGAGGAAAACAGACGGAAGGAAGGGGUGGGGAGGGGGCUCUGCUCCAGUCCCCAAUAUUUGAUAUCUAAGAACAGGAUAUGAUUACAGUCAGUCAAGUGUAUCAAACAAACUAUUAACAAACGUGAGGUAAAGUCAACAGAAGAGAAGGGGAUGGGGUGGGGCUCAGCUCCAUUCCCCAAUGACUGAUAUCUAGGAACAGGAUAUGAUUACAGUCAAUCAAGUGUAAUUUCAAACAAGGUAUUAACAUACGUGAUCAGAAGUUUAUCUAAUUUAUAGGAAGCAGAAUUUUCAGCCAUUUGCAGUAACACACCAUUCCUUUUCAAAGCUUUUGUAUAACAGAAAAGAGGAUAAUUUACUUAAGAAAAAUUUUGCACAAACUCUUUCAUUUUGUUUUUCAUAAGUCUGAACAGUCAAGUAAAAAAUCAUUUUUAUGAUAGUACGUACUCCAGUUAACAGGUCACAGUAACAUUAGCCAUUUCUGCCUUUCCUUGAAAUUGAGUCUUGAUCAGUCAUUAGUCGUUUAUUCAUGAGUAAAACGCUUUUCAUUCACGUGCAAAUUUUUUAACACAUCUUUACGUAAAAAGAUGUGCACUGAACACGCGCUUUCAUAAAGAGGGUAAGGACUUUGAAAUAAAAUAGGCUAAUGUACUGCAAGAGAAAUGUAGAAAAUUCAAUGUUGCUUUUAAGCCAGAUCUCUUCAUGAAUAUUAAUUUCUCUUCAGAAUAGGAUAGUAACGGAAACAAUUUUGCACUGUUUGUCUUUCCCCUGCAGGAAUAUGUAGUGGACCUUUUCAUGGCUACUUCAGCACCAUCACCGCUGGCCAGUUCUGUGGAGAAGACAAAUGGAGCCAAGCUCAGCAGGCUUCUCAUCGAUGGUGGAACAACAGUUCUUAGGAAGAUUUUUGAUGGCCAUCAUCCUCCUGCAAACUUAAUUACUGACUUAAAUGCUAAUUACCCCAUUCUUAACAAUCUCUUACGUCGUCGAGUUCUAAAUGGCCAUCAGUGGGACAAACUAUUUCCACCUGGUGGAGUCCCUCCAGACUCCAACACCUUUGACAUCACUCUUUUGUUUCUCCUUCUGACUAAGAUUUGUGGACUAACCCCUCCCCCCUCAGGAUGGCAUACUAAACCACCCUCAAGUGACACGUCUCAUGAGGCUAACCUUGCACGUGUUAAGUUCUAUCGCAAUAUCUUGUAUGGUCAUGUGACAACCACUGGUGUUGAUACAUCAACUUUCUCUUCUCUGUGGACUGAAAUUAGUGGUGUUCUUGUGAGUCUUGGUCUCGAUCAGGCGGAAGUGGAUAGGUUGAAGGCAGAGAAAGGUGGAGAGCAAGAUUAUAUUGACGUGUUGAUUGAGUGGGCUGUUAGGGAAGAGGACAUUAAGUCACAGUUGGAGAAUUAUCGUCAGGCCCAAGCCAAGAUACAACAAAGCGUUGAAGAACUGGGUCUAAGCUUGAAAGGAGUUAAGGUAGGUGUCGAGGAAAUAAACGAAAACUUGGAUUGGUUAAAAGGCGAAAAAGACAAGAACAAGUCAGAAGAGGUCCUUCAAAAACUUGCUAAGUCGGAAUUCAGGGGAGAUAUUGAGUAUCACUUACAAAGAUUUCAAGACGGCACCCGUGAGUGGGUCUUUGACAGAGUUCAGAACUGGCUGAAUGACAGAAGCUCUCAAAACCGCGUGAUGGUGAUCAGUGGAAAUGCAGGAAUGGGAAAAUCAGUCAUUGCAGCUGUGAUUUGCAAGAGAAUGCAACAAGCUGGCAGACUAUCAGGAAGCCAUUUUUGUCAGUAUAACAAUGUACGCUACUGUAAGCCUCAGUUGAUGAUUCAGUCAUUAGCUUGUCACUUGUCCCAUGCCCUGCCAGAGUACAAGCGAGCCCUCGGGGAACAGCUGUCAAGAAAUCUGGGUACAGAUCUCAACAACAUGGGUGUGGAGGAGUUAUUUGCGUUGCUUUUCAAGGAACCUCUUAGUGCUGUAGGUGACCCAGGAAGAAACAUGCUCAUGGUGAUAGAUGGCUUGGAUGAAAGCGAAUAUCAAGGACGGAGUGAGCUUCUUAAUGUGAUUGCAAAUCAGUUUUGUAAGCUUCCUAUUUGGAUUCGUUUUCUUGUCACGACGCGUCCUGCCUUAAACAUUGCAGAGAGACUGAAACAUUUGAAGCCACUUGAACUGCAGUCUGAUGGUGAAGACAAUCUUGAGGAUGUCAGAGUAUUUUGUCUGAAAAGGCUGGAACGUGUUGUCAAACCAGCGAAUGUGGGCGAGUUAGUGGAACGACUAGUUUUGAAAUCUGAAGGACUGAUGUUGUACGCCCAUUUUCUCAUUUUGUCGACUACUGAAAGUGCAUCAAUUUCCCACGAGAGAGACCUUGUCGGCAGUUCACCCUUAGGAAUUUUUGCCGUGUAUCAUUCCUAUUUUAAACGUUUGGGACGUGAACUCAUAAAUGAACAUAACAUCAGGGAAGAACAUUUCCUAAAUCUGUUGUCUUCCAUUACCGCUUCAAGGGAACCCCUGCCAGUGGGUUUUGUUUCUAAAGUAUUUGUAUCAAGUUCUAAUUCACCACUAACAAAGCGUAAAGUACACAGCGCCUUAGGCAGUGUGUCUGCACUUCUUCCUAUCCGUGACGAUUGUCUUCACGUCAUCCACAAGUCAGUUAAAGACUGGUUAACUGACAUUUCAUGUCAUGGGGAGCAUGAAUUCAUCAUGGAUGAAAACGAGGGUCAUCGUUUACUUGCGGACCUCUGCAUUGAAGAGCUUGAAAAUCUGAAGCUUAAAGGUGUCGAUAACCUACAGUUUGGCGCCACUGAGAGGUACGCUUUGUAUCAUGGUGCACAUCACAUGCUACACGAAGGCGUCAAGAGAGAGCCACAUAAACUGGACGAACUGACUAAAGCCUACAUUAUUGAUUUAGAAGUAGUGUAUGCCAAGACCUUCGUGAACAGCACAAUAGCGGCUGAAGACCUUUUGUGGCUUAACGAGCAGGGGAUUUUUACAUUGUUAUCAAAAGAUAACCAAAGUAUUGUGGACGCCUUGUUGUUCGUAUUGAGGAAGAACAUCCGUUUGCUUACAGAUAACCCUCGUACGUUUCUUCAAACCAUACUUAACCAAGGAGGAAAAGUGUUGACUGUUGAAGCGUCGAAUCUUUUGCGAAAUAAGUAUCCUGAAAUACCAUAUAUGGAGGUUGUUCAUAAGGAGACGCAGCAGGGAGGUGUUUUAGCGCGAUUUGAGUGUCUAUCUGAUGUGAUCUGUUUGGACGUCUCUCCACAGUUGGAUUAUAUGGUGUGUGAAUGUGAUGACGGAAUACUGCAGCUGUGGUCACUCCAGACUGGCAGGCUAGUGUGGACACGUCCAGUCUUAGUAGAGAAGAGUUUCAAGAGGAGCUGGUUGGGCCACAAGAGUAGAAAAUUACCUUCAAUCAACGCGUUGUCAUUUUUCCGCUCAGUUGUUUUUCACCCUACAAAGGAAUGUAUUUUACCUGGGAUUCUAAGUCAGGCCUAUACUAUGGACGGAAACUUGAAACCGCUCUUUCUCGGAAGUAACUGUAGAUUCUCAGUUUGCUCUAUUUCCGGGGACAAGGCCAAGAUUCUAACUAAUUGUCUUGAGAGUUCUAAAGGCCUUGUCAUGUGGAGUUUGGAAAAUGGCUCAGAGGUUGAUCGAAUCCUCGUAAAUGAAGACAUUUUAUCUUUUGCAUGGUCUGGUGAUGGAAGGUUUCUUGUAAUCUCACAUUCUUCGGGGGUGAUUAGUUUGUAUGAUGUGAUGUGUAAUUUCAGAAAACUAACACAAAUGGCUACCCCAGAAGUAUGGGGCAUGGUAAAGUUUUCACCUGAUCAUCGAUUCAUUUUUGGUUACGCUGUAAAAAAUGACGUCAUAAACAAAUACUCCUUUUUUUGUCUCGAGGUUGUAAAGGAAGCAAACAACACGUUUUCGUUAACGAUUGUGUCUGGUGAUUCUGAGGCUUUUGAAUCCUUUAAUGAUUGUGGGUUUUUAUUUGGCGAUCUUAUUUCCACAAAAGGUCAUAAGUUUGGAUUGACGUUUGGUCUUGACAAGCAACGUCUGCUACGUUCCUCUUUGAAAGCAAUAGAAAUGGUGGAUACCAAAUACGUAAACAGAAACGAUCAAGGCGUAGAUACUGAAGCUUCUGGGAUAGCACUCAGUUUGGAUGGUCAGACCGUGUUUGUUGCUAGGGUUGCAUCAUCAGUCACUGCUUAUGACGUGUCGAGUGGGAAGCUUAAAGCUGAGAUAAACUACUGGCCUUUACCGUACCGUCCGUUGUGUCCUGUUAGUGGUGGAGUCCUAAUCUUAACGAAUAAAAGCACUGUUGAGUUGUGGAGUGGUAACCUCGCUGGACCAAUCAAAAGGUGGAUCAACUUGCCUGGAGUCAAACAGCUGAUCCCUAUAUCAGAGGAACGAGUAGCAGUCGUAGGAGACGUUGAUGUGAAAGUCCUAGAUACAAGCAGUGGAAUAGUUGUAUCAACAAUCCCAGUUUUACAAGGAAGAGUUCUUACCUGCAACAAUAAAUGUCAGCUGUUAAGUGAUACCACAUUUGAAGGUUCUGGUCCUUGGUCUCUUCAGCUUUUGGAUGGCGAAACAGUUGUUUGGAGAAAGAAAGACAUUGGAAGGUUCUCUGUCUCUCAUAAUUUUAAUAAGGCUGUGGCUUUCUCAACUAUGGAACAGUUCCUUGUUGUUGGCACGACUGACGGCCUCUUAGUCUUGGAUGCCGAAACAGGAAACACGCUCCGUACUUUAGGUCUUUCAUUUUCCCUUUUUCUUCAUUGCACGUUUAUCAGUGACGACACAUGUGUUAUUUCUGCUCGUGAUUUAACUGUUCAGAUGUUUAACGUCAAAUCUGGUGAACUUCUAACUGGAAUUGAUGUGGAAAGUGAGGCGAUCUGUUUAGCAGCCUGUCCCUUCAAUCGUGUUCUCGCCAUCGGCCUGAGGAACUCCACACCUAAUUUCAAAGUUAUCAGGGUGCAUUUGUCGCGGGGCGAAGGCGAUGGAAACAUGGAAAGGUAAACUGACAGUAUUUGAGUGAGAAUUAUUUUUUUUGCUUGAAGGCUUGCCCUAAAUGUUAGUGAUUUAUCUCUUUUUUUGUCCAUACCUUUACGGUGGAUUCAUUUGCAGCAUACGCGUAUAACCAGGCUAUUUGCUCGUGAGAAGUUUUGUUUUAAUGGGCAAAUGCGUUGGUUAUACGCAUAUGCUGUAAAUGAAUUUGUCCUCUGAAUGUUGUCCAACGCAGAUGUAACGAUACUAGCCUCCCCUGCAGACAUUCUUAGGUGUGCGUCACGCGUUCCUUCGUGGGGAAGGAACGCGUGACGCACACCUAAGAAUGUCUGCGGUGGAGGCUAUAACGAUACCUUAUUUCUUAUUUUUUUAGUGGUCACUCUGGAACCACAUUGUACAAAGAGGAGAGAUUAGAUCCACCAGAGCAAGUAUGUUUCCGCGUAGGUUAUGGUAUAAACUAUGUAGAAACAUUUAAAUAUGGAUAUGAAUGUUUAAUAGAUUCAAAUCGCACUAAGAACAAAUAUUUCUUUUUAGCUAUGGGGAAGUCUGGUUAAAUAUUCAACUUUUUAAUUGACUUUAAAAUAUGUCAUGAAUCAAUAAAUAUUCUACAACUAUCCCCUGAAGGGGAGGUGAAUAGCGGUGGAUAUAUAUAUCGAGACGCGAAGUGCCGAGGUAUAUAUCUAGCGCUGCUCACCGACCUUGAGGGGGACAGUUGUUUUAGUAUUUACCAAAUCGGUUGGAUAAAAAAAUGAAAAAAAGUACCUUUUUGUAAACUAAAAAUGUCAGUGAAAAGGAAAUUUUUUUAUAAUUUACAAACAUUCUGGGAAUUUUUUCAAGUGUAUUUUUACGAUUUUGUUGCAAAUUCAGCAUGAAAACAAUUUUCUACCUAUACCAGUAGACAUUUACAAGGCAAAGUUAGUCGCUUUCUUGGUAUUUGUUUGUACGACUGCUUCAUUUAUCGCUCAAAUUUCGUGCUCCGAAAAUGUCUCGAAGCGAGACGCCAUCUUGGCUCCGGUCACAAAACAGUGAAUAACCAAUAGUCAAGGAUAUUCCGAGUUACGGGAGCCAGUCAAAACGCGCGAAAAGUGCUAUUCGCCGAUUUGGUAAAUACUAAAAUUAAAAUCAAUUUUUAGUUAUAAUAUUGGACAAAACGACAAUGGUCAAGGAAGAUCGAUUAGCCUUCAUCAGAAAGUGUUUCCAGGCGAGUUACUGAGUUGGAGGGAAAGCAAAAGAAAUGGAAGAUCGAAGGGUGAACGAGGAGGAGGGGAGGAAACGCUUGCCCGAAAAUCCCGCGAUUCUGGAAAACGCCCCUUGAUAUUUCACGGUUUGGUUCAUUUGUAAAUUGACAGUUUGUCAAACUGUAGCAACUAGUAACGUGCAUAACAGACAGAGUAGAUUCACGCAAAACGUGGGAACAAAUUUGGGUCUAAUACGGGGUGUCCGCUUAACGUACUUGAGCCUAAUACGGGUUACAUUUAUUCCAGAAUAACCAACAAGCCAAUGGAAUAGAAGGAGAACAGCGAUCUGAAAAUGAGCAAGAGGUAAUUAAGGAUAGUAACUAGCAGUCACUGAAUAUGGCUGAGAACGAGAUGAAAAAUAAUACACUUAAAAGCAUGCUUACUUCGAUCGAUGUUAUCAUAACUAGGAGGGAAGAAUCCAAAAUUCGCGAUAGAACGAGAUAUAGACUAGCACAUAUUCGGCCUCAAAUGCCAGUUAUCAUCAGUGCUAUUUUUACUGUGCUUGUUACGUUUUAGGAAAUAGUGUGACUAUCUUUGUUUUUUGCAAAACAAAUCAACUGCACCACGCCUUCUGUUAUCCUUUUUCAGAACAAUUAUCCUGAGAGUGCCUUAUGUUUUAGGAUUUCGGAAAUAGCGCUGGGAUUUAGGCCAAUGCGAAACGGAAAAAUAUUUGAACGAAUAAUUAACAAUUAAUGAAUGAGACUGAGUAUCUUAUGAAGAAUUGUGGAGAUCGGGGAGGGUGUUAUCCGUCGAGGCCGUUGGCCGAGGCGGAUAAUACUCUCCGAGAUCUUCAUAAUUCUUCAUAUGAUACGAAAGCCGAAUUCAAUAACUGUUUUAUUAUUCAUUCAAUUAAUUCCUAGUUUAAAAACAUGGCUGAAACAUGCUUACCUCCAUCGAUCCAUCGAUGAAGUUCAUCUUCGAUAGUGCACGUUUAGGUUUGUCCAGCUCCGCAAAUAUUCUCCAAAUAGAAAAAUUCUUGCCAGGUUUUUAGCUAUUUUUUCGCCUAGUUCUUACUCUUGAAACAAGUGAAAUGUCCGCCAUUUUUCAAGUUCACAACCAAAACAAUAACUCAACCUCGUUCCCAGGUCUUCUCGGUUAACGGUGCGUUAACCUGCGAAAACACUGCAUUUUUUACGUCAUUUCCUCGUUAAACACAAAAUUCUUCCAAAUUUGGUAAUCAGUAACUGGUUAUGGUGAAUUAAACGUGUGGAUUUAGUCAAUCAGAAUCGGGAAAAUAUUUUGAAUGAAUAAUAAUCGGCAGUUAUUGGUUGAGGUCAAGUAUGAUAUUGAGAAUUUUGCAGAUCGAAGUGUGUGUUAUGCGCCUCAUUGGCAUGAGUGUUCACAUUCAUAUGAAAGCCAGCUGAAGCCAUUGGUUUUCAUUACUUUUUUUUCUUUCAAUAUGUUUUAUAAGCUGUGUUUGUCAUAGCUCGAGAAAAUAGCAGAAGAUUCUCCACGUCAAAACAAGAAAGAUGCUAAUUAAUAUUUUUAAAUAAAUACCCCUUCAUAUCUUAUAACUGCCAAAAAACGCGCAAUUGUUAUGAAGACGUAAGCUUUCCAUAGAUCGAGGUAAGCAUGUUUCAAGUUUUAGUAGCUACCUCGCCUUCUGUUGAUCCUUAUUCGGGUAGCCUCACGAGUGAGCAAGGUUAAAAGUGAAACAGGCAAGAUCUUAACCAAUCAGGAUUGGUCACUUUGUGCGUGCAGGAACAAACGAAAUUCCUUUAACCAAAAUUAUUACAGUUCGUACAGUCUCUAUGUGAUCUUGAUGAUCACAUGAACUUGAUGUCUAAGUUGGAUUUCUCAAAUUUUACAUUAUAAUCGUGCAAAUACAUGUAAAUACAUUUUGCUUAGUUUUAACAUAAUUAUGUAAUAAUCUCGUGAUCUACUCUUUGUUUUAAGAAUUUUUAACUGUGUAUAUAUUUUUAUAUAGGUUUCUUUAUGAGAAAUCUUCUCUUUCUAUUAUUAUUUUUAUUUUAUUUAUUUAUUUUUCGUGGCAGGUCUGUAAAGUAGCUAAUUAGCUAAGAACAUUGACCACGUUAAAUAAAGGUUAUUGUUAUUAGUAAUGGUAACAGGACUGAGUGGAGUCCAAUUCGGUCUGUAAUCAUAAGAGUGAUUAACAAAAACGGACGACCGCGUAGCGGGAGUCCGAUUUGUUUAAUCACGAGUAUGAUUACAGACUGAAUGGGACGACACGAAGUUCUGUUACCAAUUAAUCAUAACUUUAACAAAAUUUGUGAUAUAUAAGCCCUUUUUUAAAAUCAAAACAGAAGAAAUUCCAAUUUUUUUAAUGCUAGUAGUGAAAAAAAGCCAUUUAAGCGCGCGCGUGAUGGCGCGUACUGUCCAAUUACUUAGGCACGACGCGUACUGUCCUAUUAAACUGUCCAAUUAAGGCUGAAAUCAGGGCAGUUGAUAGCCAAUCAGAUUUGAGAAUUUUGUUAUAGUUAUGAUUAUUAUUGUUAUUUCAAAUUUUGAUUUUUUUAAAGAAUGUGUGGCGAUGUACAAAGUAUCUCCUAACUUGUAUUGAAACGAUUCGAAAAAAAAAUUGCUUACACUUUGUGUGUUGCAUAAACUAGUGCUGUUUCCUUCUGGAGUCCGGGGCACUUGGAGCUGAAAGCCCAUGUAUUCCAUAAAAAUGGUCCAAAAUCCAGCUGAAAAUCGCCAAAAUGGUCUGCAUCAGACUUGCCUGUUACCUUAAAAUAUAGCAGAGCACUUGUGACACCCGUUAUGUAAUCAGAUUUCGGCAUGUUAUAUGGUAUAUUACUUUUCCAAAGCUGAAAAAUGUAAUUCGUUAGCUCUAACUGAUUGCGUGAAUGCUUUUUUUUUAGGCUAGCAGGAAUUCUCAAGUUGAGAAAAAAAGCUGGUGAGUCUUCUUGUAAAUGGUUUUUUGUUGGUUUUUCAUUGUUUCCCUCAACUGAAUUCAGCUGUGUUCGUUGGGUUGGGAAAUGUUUAAUGAAAAAUCGAUUGAGUUCCUCAAGCUCUUUUUACCUUCUAGCUCUCAUUAUUGCAAGGCUAUGUCUUUAAUAUCCCUAUAGAUGAAUUGUUUAACUGUUCCAGCUUUUUGUUAUGAUGCAGAUAAAGGUGCGAUAGUUUCUUCCAAAGUUCAUGUAUAUUAUCUCUGUUUCAUUUUCAGCUGUAUGCUUGUUUGAUGAAAGCAAAAGAAGAUAG